GAGAACCAGUAGUACUGCUUCUGCAAUGUCUUCAAGUUUGGAGAACCAGCAGCAGGCUGGGUCUUCCUCAUCUUCAUGGAGAAGGUUGAAUGCCAACAACUCAUCUAGCUCCCCUAAUUCUCUCCAUAAUCAUAACAAGAAGCAUAAACUAGAAGAUAGCGAUGAAGAUAUGUUCACCGUUCCUGACGUCGAGGCUAUACGGCCUGGUGAUAAUCCCAUUAGCACAUCUACAGUCACCAACAAUAAUGCCACUAGCAAGAACACCCCUGAAGAGACAGGCUUAUCGGGCAAAAGCCGCAGAGGGCGGAAUCCGGUAGAUAAGGAGUAUCGACGACUCAAAAGAUUGUUAAGAAACAGAGUUUCUGCUCAACAAGCCCGCGAAAGGAAAAAGGUCUAUGUCAAUGACCUGGAAUCAAGAGCCAAGGAGUUGGAGGAUGCCAAUUCUAACUUGGAAGAAAGGAUCUCGACCCUCGUCAACGAAAACACCAUGCUGCGAAAGGUUCUUAUGAAUACAAGGCCAAAAGUCGACGAAAGUAUAGAGCAAUCGGGUAAGUAAUAAGAGCUGCAUUGAUUAGGAUUUUAGAGCAAUAUUUUGGACAUUAUAGAGACCUCUUGGGACGAAUACGUGAGUGAUGGCCUUCAGUGUUCCCCCAUGCAUAAGGUGUUCGUUAGUUUGUUAUUUAUAUAUGA